AUACACGGUACUCGAUUCAUGGGUUGGACACGAGAAGAGAAUAGACGUUUUGAGGAUGCUCUUGCUGUUCAUGGCCCUGACGACCCAAAUCGGUGGCAACAUGUGGCCAACGCUGUCGGGGGAAAAUCCGUAGAAGAGGUGAAAAUGCACUAUGAGAUUCUCCAGGAAGAUGUCAUUCGAAUUGAGCGUGACCAGAUUCCACUACCCAGGUACAGAGGUGCCGGCAUCAAUGGAAGACAAAUUGACAAUGAACAAAGGCGAAUGAGGAAUCUGACUCUCCGAUGAAGCAAGCACUUUAGCACUGUGGAGUUGCAAGUUUCCACGAAGGCAUGUGCAAUUUAUGUUGGUGUGCUCACUUGCUGUGUGUUUCUGUUCCCGUCAUAUUCACCCAAUUGUAAUUUGUAAGAAAUAUCAUGCGAUAUGUAACUUUUCUGGAUAUUAAAAAC